UGCAGAAAGAAUAUUUGAAAGCCAUACGUGGACCCAAACAGAAGAAGAAUCAACAAGAGGAAGAACAGUCCGAUGCUAUGAAGAAGUACUCUGCGUUGAAGUUCAAAUUCAAGAACCAAGUCAAGGAUUUUGUUGAAUUCAAGGAUCCCAAAAGAGAAGAGAGAAUUGGAGGACCGCAUGUAGAGAAGUUUUUGGCUAAACUACAGGAGACAUCCCAAGCAGAGCUGCUCAAGGUGAAACCAGUCCCACCUAAAAAGAAGAAAAUUGAACCAGUGGUAGUGGAAGCCGACACUGAAGAAAAGCAGUUUGGAGUUGAUCUCGAAGUUGAAGAUUUACCUGGUUCUGAUUGGAGAACGAAGAAAGAUAGUUUCUUCGUUGCCGAAGAUGAUGACCCCAAAGUGACGAAAGCCAAGGAUGCCAAUAUGAAAGAUAAAAAUGAAGACUGGUACAACAUAGAUGAUCCAAGGAACGCUAUUAACAAACGUAGACGCGGUGAAGUUGAAGAAUGA